CUUGGAUCUUAGAAGCGUCUCAGGCUUAGAGGCUGAGGGCCAAAUCUACCUGCCAAAGAUGUCCUGGUCGGAGUACAUUCAAAGAGGAAUUUCCAACCAGCAAACUUUCUUCUGGGAUCCUUCUUCCCCGGCUACUAUGCCGACAGCACAGCAAAGGGAAUCCGAAGCAUCGGGAGACUAUAACCAGCCGCAGAGCCCAAGGCAGCACCCGCUGAUAUUCGACAGACACAUAGAACAGAACCCGCCACGAUCCAACCCAAACCACUAUAGUGGAGAGCAGGGCUUUGCGAACUAUGGCUAUAUCUUGAUCAAUGGCCAAUGGGUGGAUCCUGACAGUGAAGGAAAAAUAUUUGAUGCAUUCAACAGCCAUGCAGAUUCUUCCCAGUUCCAAAACGCUCCGAUAGAGAUAUCAGCUCCAUAUUCCAUGACGCAAGACCAAAUGAACGCCCUUUACAAAGAACUAUUCUGUGACGUACCGGAUCCAGGAUCUCCAUACGGGGAUCUCAUAUUCACAGGAGACUUUGGAGAUUUUGAGGGAGACCCUCGUGCUCUGUACAUAUCACCGGCUACCUUUGCUCGCUGGGCUGCUGGUGUCAGCCGAGGGGAUAGCUAUGUGAGAACAAAGGUGGAAAUAAAAGAUGAACCUUUGAGCCGCCGACGUCGCUCUAAGACUAUCACAAUGCCUCCCAAAAUAUAUCGACAGCCACAAUUCGAUAUCGAAACGGGAUCUGUACUUUCCGGCAUCUACGAAGAACCAGAACCCAGCUUGAUUUACAGUGCUCGAGGAGUUGAUCUGGUCAAACGUCCUUUAGAAUUUGCAAGGAGCUACCCACGAGAUAAUCUUGAACUCGAUCGAGCAGCUUUGUAUUCUCCUGAAUAUAUAGCGCAAAGUAUAGAACAUGAAGGAGUCUGCGAUGACCUUGCCAGCCUGGAUGAUCCUCAAAGCGGACAGGUCAGAUACGAUCAGAAGAGGGAGCACCUCAGUCUUCUUCACCAAAAGCAUCAGGAGGGUCUUUCACUGAAUCGUCAAAAGUACAUUCAUACAAAUAAAUACCAGGAAAAAUACGUACAGCUACAUAGGGAGGUCUUCUUCAUGAAUCUGAAACUUGAAGAGCAAGAACACACAGGAGCACAACCACCUCUGCCAAAACCUAGGCUAGUUCUAACGGGAGUCAAUACAUCUCCAUCAGAAGCCAAUCCUCCUCCAUUAAGGAAGUCUGCACAGCGGCAAGCACGACGCACUCAGUACAAAAGAUAUUUUGAUGAACUCGAAGAGCGGCAACAAAUCGGUAUCGCGAGGACACGACUCACUAACCAAAGACUGGAUCAGGAUAUGUUGACAAUGCAGGAAGGCAUGGGUGAGUUGCUCCAGAUACAUGAGAAGCUCCUUCAGUUACAUGGUGUGGAGAACGUGGAUGAGAUUAUCAACCUCUGCCCUGAAAGAAAAGAAAUCCAGACUUAG